AUGGCUGGCAACAGGAAUUACGACUUUCUCAUCAAGCUGCUCCUCAUCGGCGACUCGGGCGUCGGCAAGUCGUGCUGCUUGCUUCGCUUCAGCGAGGACUCCUUCACGCCUAGCUUCAUCACGACCAUCGGCAUCGACUUUAAGAUCCGCACGAUCGAGCUCGAUGGCAAGCGUGUCAAGCUGCAGAUCUGGGACACGGCCGGCCAAGAGCGCUUCCGCACCAUCACCACGGCCUACUACCGCGGCGCCAUGGGCAUCCUGCUCGUCUACGACGUGACCGACGAACGGUCGUUUGAGAACAUUCGCACGUGGUUCUCCAACGUCGAGCAGCACGCCACCGAGGGCGUCAACAAGAUUCUGAUUGGCAACAAGUGCGACUGGGAAGAGAAGCGCGUCAUUUCCACCGAGCAGGGCCAGCAGCUGGCCAACGAGCUCGGCAUCCCCUUCCUCGAGGUCUCAGCCAAGAGCGGCAUCAACAUCGACAAGGCCUUCUACAGCCUGGCGGCCGACAUCAAGUCGCGCAUCAUCGACACCGCCAAGACCGAGCAGACGCCGGCGUCCGGCGUCAACGUGUCUGGCCAGAACGGCGACAGCAGUGGCUUUGGCGGCAAGUGCUGUUAA